GUUCAGAUAAGAACUUUGUGAAUCAAUUUAAAGCCGCUGAUGAAAUUAAUUUAGUUAAUCCCGUACGAGAAAUAUCACAACUAGUUAACCAAUCGGCCAUUUACACUAGUCGCCGUUUACCAACUAUUCCUAUGGUCAAUGAUUACAGAACGCGUCAGUUUGAUCUCAUGCUACCUGAAGAAAAUUAA